CUAAAAGCUCGUGUAGUAUCGAACGGCCAACGCGGACUAGUGCUGAGGUCGCAUUAUCUGGUUCAGCGAAUGGCCAUCUGGAUACCUUCGUUCUAGAAGUUGUAGAGAUAGUCUGAUGUAAGCACGGAUCAGCGGUUAACCAGGGCACAACUCAGCUCUCGGCGUCUAUCUCUGGAGAUAUCUCCUGCCACCCCUGGAGACCUCCGCUAGGCAUUGCCUAGGCCUUCCACAUCCUUCGACGACUGUAUACUGUCUGGGAUAAACUUGUCCUCGUCUCCCACCGCUCAGAUCCCCAUAUCUAACUUGGGAGUAACUUUGAGUGUCUCGGCUGCGCUCAGUGCCCUUCGUGUGCUGACGAAGUUCCCGGUCGAAGCAGCAUCAUCGUCGUCGUUGCCGUCGUCAUCACCACCAUCCUCGAGUGAUAAUUCCGAUCAUAGCGUAAUAUCAGCCCCUCAGUCACGGCCAAUACCACCUCGACAAUCAAGAUGCGGUACCUCCUUCAGGGCCUGCUGGCGGUUGCGUAUGCUUCUUCCAGUAGUAUGGCACUUAGCACAAGCUCUUCACGGCAUCGACAACAGCCACGAGCAAACAUCGAAAACGUGGUGCUAGCAGACUGCACGGGGAUCUCGGACAGCAGCCAGUUGUCGUCCGAGGUGGCGUACUACACGGGGGCGCCGGACGACACGCCGGACGACAUCUCGCAGGUGACGAGCGACCAGCACCUCGACUGGGCGAACAAGACGACGGUGGCCUACUUUAGCAACACUGGCGUCUCCUUUAUCUCCACCCUCCGGCCCGCCAGCACCGCGGGUGCCUACGCCGGCACAGGCAACAACGGCUACGGCAACUUCACCUGUUGGCAGAUGGAACCCACCUUGCUCUACAGCCGCGAUGACAAGAACUGCGUUAUGCGGUACGACUGCAACCAUAUGAAUGCCCCCACGCAACCAACCGGAACGUUCACCGCGGCGGGCGGACCCGCAGCGGCAGCGACAUCGUCGGACGCGGCCGCCGUCGCCAGCAACAGUAGUGCCUCGGGGUUAUCGACGGGGGCGAUCGUGGGCCUCAGUAUCGGGGUCGCGGCGGCAGUGAUCGGGUUCGUAGGGAUAGCGGCGUUCCUAGUGUGGCGGCGUCGACGAGCACAGCGGCGCAGCGAUGAAGUCGCUGCCGCCGCUGCCGCUGUGGCCACAGAGAAGAAGGCACCCGACGCCGGCGGUGGCACGCCCGAUAGCCCGCUGUCCGCGGCGCGGGCCGACCACGUCUUCUACGAGCUGCACGGCGAGUACCAGCCGGCAGAGAUCCACGGUGACGCUCUGACAGGUGAACUCGACGCACCGGCGGCCCAACUCGAGCUUCACAACCAAGACCUCCCCCCGCGCUACGAGGCGCGCACCGAGGAAGACCACGUACGGCCCGGCGCGUACGGCGCAUAUAAGGGGCCGAUCUAAGAUGGCCGAAGGUGGCUAGGUUAGGAAAAGGGGACGAGGGGAGGGUUCGGCUAACGUCGAGGACACUCG